AUAUAUCGACAGCUACGUACAUUGUCUUUAGCACACUACUACCAGCUUCUCGUUUUCGAUUCUGAACAGAGACAGGAAACAGAGAAAGAAAGGGAAAAAAACAAUGGCGACUCUUACAGUGCCCGCAACGGUUCCAUCUGUAACUGAAGAUUGUGAACAACUAAGAAAAGCCUUUUCAGGAUGGGGAACUAAUGAGGGCUUAAUCAUAGCUAUAUUGGGUCACAGAAAUGCUGAGCAAAGGAAGUUGAUUAGAGAAACUUAUGCUGAAACAUAUGGAGAAGAUCUCCUCAGGGCACUGGACAAGGAACUCUCAAAUGACUUUGAGAGGGUGGUACUGGUUUGGACUCUUGAUCCUGCUGAACGUGAUGCAUUUUUGGCUAAUGAAGCAACCAAAAGAUGGACUUCAAGCAAUCAGGUCCUUAUGGAAAUAGCCUGCACAAGGUCUGCUAACCAACUACUUCAUGCAAGGCAGGCUUAUCAUACUCGUUAUAAGAAAUCACUUGAAGAGGAUGUUGCUCAUCACACAACUGGUGACUUCCGAAAGCUUCUCCUACCUCUUGUCUGCUCAUACCGAUAUGAGGGAGACGAGGUGAACAUGACACUGGCAAAAUCAGAGGCCAAGUUACUCCAUGAGAAAAUUUCAAACAAAGCUUACAAUGAUGACGAUCUCAUCAGGGUUUUGGCUACAAGAAGCAAGGCACAGAUCAAUGCAACUCUGAAUCACUACAAGAAUGAAUAUGGAAAUGAUAUAAACAAGGACUUGAAGGCUGACCCUAAGGAUGAGUUCCUUGCACUACUCAGGGCCACAGUGAAGUGCUUGGUCCGCCCUGAGAGGUAUUUUGAGAAGGUUCUUCGUCUGGCGAUUAACAGAAGAGGAACAGAUGAAGGAGCUCUUACAAGGGUUGUUACCACUAGAGCUGAGGUUGAUCUAAAGAUCAUAGCAGAUGAGUACCAGCGAAGGAACAGUGUCCCACUGGAUCGUGCUAUUGCCAAGGACACUCAUGGAGACUAUGAAAAAAUGCUUCUGGCACUCGCAGGACAUGUGGAGGCUUGAGCUGUUAUCAUGAGAGCUAUUUUCUGUUGUGUAUUAUACCUAGGACUGAACUUUUGUGGUCUUGUCUGGUAUGAUGUUAUCCUGUUUUUCUAUGUGGUACUGUCUGUCUUAUGGUAUUUGAGCAUUUUAUCUAUGUGAACCUAAAACUAUAUGCAGGCAUAUGUUUAAGCUUAAAGAAUUUUAUGUAUGGUUGUUGAUCCUGUCAUA